AUGCGGUCAAGAAGAGGCAUCAGGCCUUGUUCUGCGGCUGACGUGAAAAAAGCCAAUCUUCCCCACCGACGAGGGUGGAGUCGUCAGUACAAGUCUGCUCAUGUUCCCUGUCAAGCGUGGCGAGAAAAACUGUGCAACUGCCACAAACUGUGGUGCAGUCUCGUUUACUCCUCUCCAGUCCGUCCCAUCGGCUUUCAGACGUUUACAGCCUCGAUCGUCACCGUCAAGCUGCACAACACCACACCGCAGAAACCGAACUGUCUUGCAUGGCAGCAUAAUUCAUCAGGAGCCAUGCUUCACCAGACAAGAGGGGAGGACAACUUCGGAAAGUCAAACUUCGACAAUUUCGUCUUCGAAUUGAGGCAAUUUGGGCCGAACAGCUUCGUGCUUCCUUCUACAAAAUACCGAAUGGAACAGUCGAUACUAUCGCGAAAAUAG